CUGCUCAGUUCGUGUCUCACGACGACCGAGGCGAGUUCUGGGUGUGUUUAUAAUCCUACUUCUCUCCGUGCUACUCAGCUCGGCGGCUCCACUUUUUCCCCUUGCCGCUGGCUCUUCGACCUUUUCCACGAAUUCUCCCGAUAUACGACGUGGCGAGGGUCUUUCCGCCGACUGGCCAAGCUCUUCCUGAGAGUUACUGUCUUUCCAUAAACAAACGAAUCGAGGUCCGAAGAAACGCAACACAUUCGAGACCAAGUCCGACAACGGGUAGUAGACUGACGUCGGUCUCGUCGAUUUGUUAGCGAGUGCUCCUAGUGACGUUAUAACUAUCUCAUAUACAACUUCAUGAUGAUCCGAG